CCUCCAUCGGGGAUGGCGGGGAAAGAUGGGAAGGUGGAGCCAAAAAGCGGGGACGUGGUGCGGCAGGGGUUCAUGGUGAAGAGGUCCCAGAACAAGAAACGCUUCACCCCCGUCAACUACAAGCAACGCUGGUUCAUCCUGACGAGACGCUACCUCGUCUACUACGACGGCGAUGGAGAGCGGCGCAAGGAACGAGGUAGAAUCGCGGUCGAGAGCGUCCACGUGGUUGAAACGGCGAGCCUCGGGAGCAACGCCGGCGGCGUCGGCGGUGUCGGCAGCGACGUGGCAGGCAGCGAGGCAGGAACAGGCGGAGGAGGCGGCGGGGGUGGCAUACCACCUGGGCUACCCUUCCAGGUGGGAUAUCGGGAAGCCGGCCAAGAGUACACGCUCUACCUUCUCGCAGCCCGCGAACAGGACCGCACCGAGUGGAUUCGUGCCAUCCGAGCUGUGUGCAGCGAGAAUCCAGGUCUGAGCGGUCGUUACCACGCUGGACUCUGGAGUGGAAAACGUUGGUCCUGCUGCCGCUUGUCGACACGUUCCGCGGAGGGUUGCGACACUUGCAGCUCUUGGUCCUUUAAGCCGUUAAACGCAACGAACUCGUCCUCGACGUCCACUUCGAGCUUCACCUCGGCCACCGGAAGUACCAUCGCCACCAUUGCCGCCAUAACCGAUCGACCACAGACCACCAACUCCGAGGCGAACAACAAUCCCAUCGUUCAUUCGCAGGCUCGCUCGACAAUCG